AUGACGUAUUUCCACCGCGCGGCUCCUCUGCCGGGCCGGGAUGUGGGCGCUGCGGGGCUGCCGCUGCCUUCGCGCCGCCUGGUCGUGGGGCGGGAGCCGCCUGGCGCGGGGAGCGACCGGCGGCCGGCAGAUUGAUCAGAAUCCAGAAUGGCAGCUAGAGGAACAGAAACCGCUUCCUCAGAAAAAAGUAACCAUGGAGUUGCUUGAUCAUCUGGAACGACUGGCACUAGUUGAUUUUCGCAAUUGGGAGGGCGUAGAGCGGCUGGAGAAAGCAAUUCAAUUUGCUGAUCAACUUCAUGAGGUUAACACAGAAGGGAUAGAGCCAAUGGAUUCGGUACUUGAGAACAGGUGUCUGUAUCUCAGAGGAGAUAACAUCACAGAAGGCAACUGCACCAAGGAGCUGCUACAAAAUGCCAGCCAGACAGCAGAAGAAUAUUUUGAAGCUCCACCAGGUAACAUCCCUCUACCAAAGUUAGAAGAGCGUGAGAGCUUCCUGCAGGACUCCAACUGAAAAGCUUGGGCCAGAAUGCCAUACUGGUUCUUUCAGCAGUAUGCUGUUGGGGACAAUUAAUCUUAUGUAGCUACAGCUGAUGUUACAUUAUCCCAAGAACAACACCCACACACGAGUACUGAUUCUUUCUGCUGCUCCUCUUUACAAUAUUUUAUUUCUAUCAAAGGGUUUGUUUGGAUUAUUUUAAAAUAUACACAUGAAGGUGGAAGGUGUUAAGCCACUUUCAAAAUAGAAAUAUGGCCUCAA